AUGGUAGCCUAUGAGGAACCAAAUAUCAGAGGAUGUUCAUCUUUUGCUUCUUUUACUUCAGAACAAAAAAUUGAAUCAAUUAAUAUUGUUCCUGUUUGGAUGAUCUUAAGAGGUGUUCCUUUACAUCUUUGGAACGCUACUGGUUUUUCAAAGAUUGCUAGUUUUGUGGGGAAACCUAUCAUGACAGAUACCCCAACUGUAAUGAAGACAAAAAUGGCUUUUGCAAAAAUUUGUGUAGAGAUUGAUGCUGACUGCAAAUAUCCAACAAAGUUUCCUUUUCGAAUAGAUGAUAAGAAAUAUGAAGUGACAGCAGAAUACUCCUGGAAACCAUCCUCAUGUUGUCAUUGUAAAAACUUUGGUCAUUUGAGUCAUAAUUGCGGCUCUAACUCAAAGUCUAAGCAUACAAAAAAAUGGGUUCCUCCUAUUGCACCUUCAACUACAGGUGAACCAAGCUCCGUUACUAAUGAAACAUCCCAAGAUUAUGAAAUUAGAGUAGAAGAUGGUAAUGUAGAUGAGGGAAAAUUUCUAUGGCAAUUAUGGCUCAUAAGCCCAAAUUCUUUUGAAGCUUUGUCUGGAGAACAUGAAAGUGUAAGUGAAGAAGAUUUACAAAAUGAUUCAGAAAUUAGAGAGGAGUUAAGUGAGGAUGGAAAUGGGAUGGAAGAAAUUGCAAUACAAGAUGUGAAUGAAUCUGAUAAGGUUCAUGGGGAAGAAAAUGCUUUGAAAGAUAAACCUUGCGGCGGGUCCAAGAGACAAAGUAAAGAUAUAUUCUCAGAGUUAGCUCUUGAGUAUGAAAAUAGAAAACCUAUGGUUGCAAAGAGUAGGAAAACGCCCAAGAUAGAGAAGGAAAUGAAAAAGUUAGGAGUGAAAUACGAUUGUAGCCAUGAGGUUCUUGGUAGAGGUCAUAUGAAAUCUGCAAAAAACAAAUAUUGA